CAAGUCGCGUGAGGGACGUCUCCAACCGCGUUCGAUCGUUUAGCGGAGCAUCCGUUCUCGUGAACCGGCCCACGAUCCGGUUUUGCCGAAUUUCCCGAGUGCGUCCGAGGGCCGGGGUCUCACAGCCGCGAUGAACGCAGUGACGAGAGUGCGAGAGAACGCGAUCCUGUCGACACGUGUUGCCAUCGGCCAUCUCUGAAAUUUUCGCCUGUGGAAACCGACCCGGACACGGGAGAACAAACCGUGCUCGGGGACCUGUGAGAAGUCGUGUCGCGCACCGCAGCGACCAUAAGAGCCUGACAUUCGCGGAGGAAACAAAGGAGGCGUCGAGGGAAGGAGAAACAAACAGACAGGCCGCGAAAAAAAAAAAGAAAAGGCGGAAGAGACAAAGGAGCACGUUUCAAGAAGUGGCAGAAAAGUAGACAGAGAAGUGUGAAUAUACAUCGGCCGAAGGGUGUGGCGCCCCCUCGCAGAGCCACGGCCCUGCGAAGUCCGCUGUUCGCAGGAAGCUCGAGCGCUGUCGCGACGGAGGGACGGGAGGACGAGGUAGAUUGGUAAGGACGUUGGAGAGGGGGACCGUGGGGAGCUUCCGUUUAUCUGCGAGGUCGAGAAGUUUGGUCGAGCGUUCGUUCGUUGGCGGUGCUGUUGAAAAACACACGAUGAAAAUGGCGUGGCAACCGCAGGAGGAAGGACUCAGGCAAAUCCUCACGCUGCUCAAGGAGUCGCAGAGCCCGGACACGGCGACUCAACAGGCGGUGCAAUUAAAACUGGAAGAGCUGAACAAGUUUCCAGACUUCAACAAUUAUCUGAUUUUUGUUUUAACGAAGCUCACAUCGGAAGAUGAACCUACCAGGUCUCUGAGUGGACUGAUACUGAAAAAUAAUGUGAAGUCUCAUUUUCAUAAGUUUGUACCGGACGUCAUAAAUUUCAUAAAGCAAGAAUGCCUGUUGGCCGUGGGGGACCCGUCGCCUCUUAUCCGUGCGACCGUCGGUAUCUUGAUCACCACUGUUGCAUCGAAAGGUGAGCUGACUACCUGGCCGGAAUUAUUGCCCGCGUUGUGCCAAAUGUUGGACUCGGAAGAUUAUAAUGUGUGCGAGGGGGCGUUCGGCGCGCUGCAGAAGAUUUGCGAGGACUCCACCGAGAUAUUAGAUUCGGAUGCCUUGAACCGCCCGCUGAACAUCUUGAUUCCGAAAUUCCUCCACUUCUUUCGGCACUCGAGCCCGAAGAUCCGCUCCCACGCGAUAGCGUGCGUCAAUCAGUUCAUCAUUCAGCGCACGCAAGCACUCAUGAUACACAUAGACAGCUUUUUGGAGAAUCUCUUCCACUUAGCCUCGGACGAUGACUCUGAAGUCAGAAAGAAUGUGUGCAGGGCUCUAGUGAUGUUGCUGGAGGUGCGAAUUGACCGACUAAUACCAAAUAUGCAUUGUAUAAUAGAGUACAUGCUAAUGAGAACUCAGGAUGCUGACGAAGGAGUCGCAUUAGAAGCCUGUGAGUUUUGGUUAUCAUUGGCGGAGCAACAAAUCUGUAAAGAAGCUCUCGCACCCCAUCUGACACGAUUAGUACCUAUCUUGGUAAGAGGUAUGAAGUACUCGGAAAUAGACAUAAUACUUCUCAAAGGAGACGUUGAAGAAGAUGAAAUGAUACCAGACAGGGAGGAGGAUAUCCGACCGAGAUUUCAUAAAUCAAAGACGCAUCAUUCGCAUCACGCAAAUAUGAACAAGCACAUUGACGAAAACGGCGACGACGAUGUGGGAGAUGUCGAAGACGACGAUUCAACCCUGAGCGAUUGGAAUUUAAGGAAGUGCUCCGCCGCCGCGUUGGAUAUGUUGGCAAAUGUAUUCCGGGAAGAUCUGUUACCUGUAUUGGUGCCUAUCUUAAAGGAAACUCUUUUCCACCAUUCCUGGGAGAUCAAGGAAUCGGGUAUCUUGGCACUUGGAGCAAUUGCAGAAGGUUGCAUGAGUGGUAUGAUUCCACAUCUGUCUGAACUCAUUCCUUACCUUAUCAACUGCCUCAGUGACAAGAAGGCUCUUGUACGUGCCAUAACAUGUUGGACAUUGAGCCGUUACGCGCAUUGGGUUUGCGCACAACCGCAUGAGACACAUCUGAAACCUCUAAUGACUGAAUUGCUCAAACGAGUCCUUGACAGCAAUAAACGCGUCCAGGAAGCUGCAUGUUCCGCCUUUGCCACACUGGAAGAGGAAGCGUGCACAGAAUUAGUUCCCUAUCUUGGAUUUAUUCUUCAAACACUCGUCUUUGCAUUUGGUAAAUAUCAGCAUAAGAAUCUUUUAAUACUGUACGACGCGAUUGGCACACUCGCCGAUUCUGUUGGCCAUCAUCUCAAUAAACCAGACUACAUCAAUCUUCUGAUGCCACCUCUUAUUAAUAAGUGGAACGUACUAAAAGACGAGGAUAAGGAUUUAUUUCCGUUACUAGAAUGCUUGUCAUCGGUAGCCACCGCAUUGCGUUCGGGUUUCUUACCAUAUUGUGAACCUGUCUACAGGCGAUGUGUAUCGCUUGUGGAACAGACGUUGAAUCAACAUAUAGCAAGCACGCAAAGUCCAGAACAAUUCGAAGAACCAGAUAAGGAUUUUAUGAUAGUUGCGUUAGAUCUCUUGAGUGGACUGGCAGAGGGCCUGGACGGUCAUAUGGAACGUUUAGUGAUGAACAGUAAUGUUAUGCAAUUACUAUAUCAAUGCAUGCAGGACACUAUGCCUGAAGUCAGGCAGAGCAGCUUCGCUUUACUGGGAGAUCUCACGAAAGCCUGCUUCCAACAUGUGCUCCCGUGUAUACCGGAAUUUAUGCCUAUUCUUGGACAAAACUUACACCCACAGUUCAUAUCAGUAUGUAAUAACGCGACGUGGGCAAUCGGUGAAAUAUCGAUAAAACUUGGGCCUGACACAAGCGCGUAUAUUCCGUUAAUUUUGCAGCAACUUAUCGAAAUAAUUAAUCGACCAGAUACACCAAAAACACUGUUAGAAAAUACCGCCAUUACGAUCGGUCGCCUAGGUUAUGUGUGUCCCCACGACGUCGCCCCCAUGUUACAGCAGUUUGUCCGCCAGUGGUGCACUUCGUUGCGAAGCAUAAGAGAUAACGAAGAAAAGGAUUCCGCGUUCAGAGGUAUGUGUCAAAUGAUCACCGUCAAUCCAGCUGGCGUCGUUCCGGAUUUCAUUUUCUUCUGCGAUGCUGUGGCGUCUUGGUCGGCGCCGAAAGAGGAUUUGAAGGACAUGUUCCAGAAGAUACUGCUCACAUUCAAGAAUCAAGUAGGUGCGGACAACUGGAAACGUUUCGCCGAUCAAUUUCCACCGCAGCUUAAUGAACGGCUGCAUAAUAUGUACGGCGUCUGAGCACUUCCGCCUAAAAGUGAAGGCCGCUUAAUGCAGCAGGCCGAACGGGGUUGGGCGGGAAACCAUGGGCGGAUGGGAUGGGUGGGUGAAACCACGGCCUCUUCUCAUCAACAUCGUUGUCGUUACCGCAUCGUCGUCGUCGUCGAUGUUUUAUUCGUCGUCGUCGUCGUCGUUCUUUCGGGGAGGGUGAUGCAUGCGCUGCCUAUAGCUUCAAUAGCGGGGUAGCGAAGGGUGAAGUACACACGAAAGGGAAGAAAGAAACACGAAGCAGGGGAAUCGAGGGGUCGAAGCAAAAUGAGAACGACAAAGAGAUAAGCAUUGGCCGAAAAGUUAAAAAGCGUGGGUGGGCGGGGUGGGAUAUCUUCUUUCGGGGUGGGAGGGAGGAAUUCUGUGGUAAAGCAUCGACCACAACAAUUACAAGAAAGCAAGGAAGAGAGCAAAAGGUAUCGUGUUUAGACAACGCUACGCAACGUACUGCACUCACAGUGAUACCUUGAUGUAGUGACGUACACAAAACACUCCGUUUCCAUUAGCGCUACAAUAACACUGCGACAAGUGUUUGAUUCUCGCGUAUCGAAACGUGACAACGUGCUGGCGCAAAUAGCCAACUUCUAGCCCAGCUCUAAGACGUAGAUUAUAGAUACAUAUAUAUAUUAUCGAGAAAUAUCAACUCUCACACACACAUUGAGACGGUUGAGAAAAAAAAGUUUAAAGAGUAAGCAUAGAUCUCACGUUAUAGAGCUCGCCGGACACUGUGAUCGAAAAUUUGUAUGCAUUAGAUAUCGAUCCUUUCUUCUCUUCUUUUUUUCUUGAGAGAGAGGGAGAAAGAGAGAAUGUGAGCGAGAGAAAAAGAGAGAUCGAGAGAAAGAUAUUGUGAACGAGAGAUAUGAGCAUUCUACUCGAAUGUGUUUGUAGAAUUUUAGAGACAAGUUAGCAAUUACUUAUUUGAUAAAGAUACAAAGUUAGAGUACGUUAUAUAGAAAUUUCAUAGUGUACAGAAGGUUUUUCGAGAAUAUUGUAUUUUUAUACGUUGAGAAACACACACAAAGAGAUACGCAGAAAGUGCCAUUCCGUCGUCGUCAUUAACCAAAAUUUUUCUGCUUAUUUUAUUCUUGCUGAUUGUGAUAUUAGGUUAUGUGACAACUCUUUGUCAUCGUGUGUAAAACAUUUCAAAUAUAUAUUAUAUAUAUAUGCAUACGUACGUAUACACGUGCGCGCGCAUUUGUGUACGCAUGUUAUGUAUGCGCAGGUGUGCGUGCGAAAGUUACGCAAUACGUAUGUAUACCCAACAUAUUUUAACUCACAGACCACUUUGUGAUCACUUUUUUUUGUUAAACAUAUAUUAAAAUUAGUAUCAUAUUAGCAUUAGUGUAAAUAGGUAAAUACAUUUUAGAAUGAACGUUUUUGUUAUCAAUUAUAGAUAUCAAAUCUUCGCUUAUAUAUAUAUAUAUAUAUAUAUAUAUAUAUAUAUAUAUAUAUAUAUAUAUAUGUAUAAAUAUAUAUAUAUAUAUAUAUCUCAAGUCUCUAGAGUUGUGACAUUGUUCAAUCACAGUCAUCGGUAACUAUUAACAGAUACGAUCCACAGAGUCACGGAUCUAUGACGUGAAAUCUAUGGCGACGUUGACUUUUAUUUGGGCGGUAAAAUGAUCUCUCGAUGUUUCAUCUUCGAAGAACAUAUUGCGAUAAAACCGAAAAAAAUGAAGAAAAAAACAUUUUUACGAGAGAAAUCGAGCGCAAAUUACAUGUCAUUCCAGUCCCACAUUUGGGCCAGUUUACGAAAGUGAGCACUUUCAUCAUACGCGACUACUGCUUUUAUCUCGGUCGUUACUUAAAAAAAAUAGAAAACGAAGAAGAGGGAAAAUAGGAAGACUUAGUUCUUCCAAUUCUUCUAACGUUGUGACAAAGCAAAAAAAGCAACAUCUAUCGUCGACAUUUGAAUAUGUACAUAUACACAUACACAUCUUCGAAAAAUGCGCUCCAAAAGCAACUUCUAAAUAGUUUUAUGACAUGAAAAAAACAAGAAAAAUCAUGUUUUAAUUUUCAUACACACAAUUAAGUAAGAAAGAAAAGAAAAGGAAAAGUACACGCCACACACAAAGGACAAAGCUCAAGGAGAACAGUGGGAUUAUGAGAACAAAAAAAAGGAACUGACCAUCGCUGUUGUCAAUCAAACUUUGAAGUUAUUAAUAAAAUAAUCAAGUGACUGGCGGGAACAACCGGGCGCAGGCGAGACACAGACGUUUUCGAAAAAAAAGAAGUGUGAUUACUUUGACAUUUCGUCUGUAAGAGGAGAUCGAAACAAAGAGAGAGAGAGCGAGCUCUCGGGUCCUUAUGACGAGCUUCACUUCACCUCACCUCACGGACAAAACGAACAAUCGACCAUGCAUCAAGUUCGUUUUAGACGAUCUAUAAAAUCCGCGAGGGUAAACGCGAAACAGAAUUCUAUUUGCGAUUUUUUUUUCACGUGGUGCGUUAUGCAGAGAAAACGAGUAUGAGACGAUUCAUACAUGUAUAUGUACUUUACAUAACUUAGGUAAUAACGUAUAAAUAGAUGUAAUUCUAGAACAUUUAUAGAUGUAAUUCUUAUUCAAGUAUAUAAAUAAAAAUCACAAUUUUAUAAAAUAAAGAGCAAAAUUACAGAUAGAAUUCUGCUGCGAUUCGAAGGUCGUCUAAAGCGAUCUUUAUAUCGAGUACAACGCGGCGACAGGGUUAGCACUCCCCCGUUUUUCUCUGUCGUCGUUUUAUAUCGAGUAAGAAUCAUUUUUCGCUGCUUCCUCUUGCUUUAUGGCCCACGCACGGCGAAAUACCGCGGUCUCUCUUCGCUCCGCGAGGACAGAAAGGGAUCCUGUGCGACGUAGGACGUGAACUUAUCGUGACCGCUCCUUGACUUAAUCCACUCGUUCGUCAACUCGGCAAUAUAUAUAUAUAUAUAUAUAUAUAUAUAGAUAGGUAUUCACGUGUGUAUAUUGUCGUAACUAUCCCUAAACUUGGCCCCUUUCCUUGCCCUGCCUGCGCGCCAUUUAUGUGAUAUUACUGUUUUUUAUAUUACUUAAGAGCUUGGAGGAGAACAAAAAAAAAAGAAGAAAAUAGAGUUCGGGCCACACGACACUCGACGCAAGAGUCUGAGACUAAAAAGAAAAAAAGGAAUCAUCGCCACGACGAAGCGCGCGAACGGAUUUUAUUUUCUUAUAUACUAUAUUUUAAUUUCCCAUCUAUCACGUAUAUAUUAUAAUAAAUAUAUAAAUAUAUAUAUGUAAAUACCUUCGCGUUUAUAUAUACGAAGUCGACGUCAUUAAUCUCGAUCGCGCCGUCUCCAUCGCUUCACUUCGAGUUAUAUUUUAAGAAUUUAAUAGCGGCUUUAAGGACGGAGUUAUAUAUUGUUCACCUCGAUAGUUCCUAAGAUAGACGAGAGAUUUUGUCGGUGGUAAUAAUAAUUGUAAUAAUUGUUCGUUGUCGAUCUCAGGUUGCCGCGCGAAAUUUCGUAUCGCAAUAGAAUCUAGAAAUGUAAUAUCGCGUCCUUUCCCCACGUUCACGGUUGUAAAUACGUUUCUUUGACUUUGGUGUAGUUUCGAAUAAAGUCUGCACAAGAAUGUCCGUAACAUUUUAAGGUGCGUUAGUCUAUCUAUUUACAAUAGAUGAUUUAAGUCCUAAACCUUAAGAAAUUGACCAAUCGCUCAAAUGUAAGAAGAAUAAUUGACUGUGACUAGUCAAUUUCUUAAGGUUUAGGGCUUGAGUCAUCUAUAUAGACCGGGAUUUAAGCGCUGACCGUAAACUGAAGUUUGUACGUAACAGUAAACUUGUUCUUUAAAUUUUUUGAAGUGAAAUUUUACUCGAAGAGUAUGAGAGAGACUACCGAGUUGAAUUCAAAUGAUUUUUUAUUCAUACAGAAUCAAUUUUCCACUCUGAAUUGUCGAGGGAAUAUUUUCACACGAAAUUUUGAAGAGUGAAUUUGAUGUACUUCACUGUUAUAGGAACACAUUCAUUUUAAUUGAUCGAUUAAUUGAUUAAUAUUCACUCUCUUUUCCUCUUUUUCAUAUAGAGUGUUGUAAGUUUAAUUAAAAUAUUCAUUCUCGCGAUUUCGAAUGGUAGCAUUCUCACUAGUUUUGAGUGAGAUUUCACUCCAAGAAAUUUAAAGAAUAUGCUAACGCACAAAGAAAAUCGUAACAUAACAAAAGCAUGAUUACGUGUAAUCAUCUCAUUACUUAUGAGGUACAUAUCAAAUAUUUUACGUAAUAAAAGGAAAAUUAGGAGAGAAAUAUUUAAUAAAUUAAAUAUCUUAGCAAAAUUGUUAUUUUGAUAACAUUUUCUAUAGUAUACCGUUUUAUUCUUUUUUCUAUAUUAUACUGUUUGUUCAUUUAAUUGUUGCAAUAACUAAGUCAAAAGAACGUCAUAAUAUAGAAAAAAUAAUAAUGUUGACAAAAUAUUUAUUAAAUUAAAUAUCUUAAUUAUUUCAUUUUAUAAAAUACUUGAUACACACUUAUCUACAUGAUAAUGUGCUAAUAUAUCUACAUAAUAAUAUGAUAAAAUUGCGCGCAAAAUCGCACAAAAUAACGCUUUUGUUACGUUAUACGAUUUUUUUGUGCGUUGACUUAAAUUUAUUAUUACGUAUACGACUUCGGUUUACAGUGAGCACUUAACGUAACUUAAAAUGUCGCGAACGUCCUGGUGCGGAGGUCCUAACGUGACUGGACAUGACGGAUAUAAUUGUCGCGAUUCAUAGUCUAUUUCCGCACGACGUCGAUGGCACAUUCUGCAAAAUGGCAUUCUGCUUGUCUCUCGUUCGAAGAGUCGUGUGGCUCGUGAUUAUUUAUUACACUCGAAGCUCUCAAUCUCGCGCACACACACACACGCGCGCGUGCAUACAUACACACAUACACAUUUAUACACAUAUACACAUGCGAGAUAAGACAAAAUAGCAAAUUUAUGAAUGAUUGUAAAGAGUAUAACGGUACGUAAAGCAGAUCGUCGUUACUAUUUAUACAUAAAUAUUGAAUAUUGCAAUUGUGAGAGAGGUAAAAAGAAAAAGAAAGACGUCGAUCGAACCUCGAGAAAAUUUCCAUUUCUUUUUUUAUCGCCAUAAGUAAGAGAGUAGUACGGGGAAGUAGGCGUGAAAAUUACACAACGGGACGAUCGCAAAAAAGGGGAAGAGAUGAGAAAAAAUAGAGGUUUUCAAAACAAGUGAGAAAGAAAGAGAGAGAGAUUAAUAUAAAUAUACGAGUUACACAAACACGAAUCGAUAAAGCGACGUCAAAUCGAUAGCGGCAGAUUCACGAAGUAAAGUAUAUUGUUGUAUCUUUAUUGUUGUUGUUGCAUGAGACUAGCGUAAAUAGACUGAGCCAUACACGUGGUUAAAUAACUAUUAACAUAAUGAUCCUUAAUUAAUACGCUAUAUUAUUGUAAUUAUAUUAUAUACGGUGUGUAUAUUAUAUUUAUAAUUGUAACGAGAGAGUCCGUGCGGGCAGCGUUUGGAGCCAGGUUCCUGUCCUUUGAGGAUUAUCGUUCACCCUUCCAUCCCGAUCGCGCACAGUAGAAUCCUCACGGCGACCGAGGCCGCUCUUUAAUCCAACAGUAGCGUGUCAACGUGUGUGUACCAUCCCUCAGCGGGAGACACACCACCUAGGGAGUGCGUGUGUGCCCCGAGUAAUGUUCAUAUACGCGCAUGAGCCCGCGAAUUCUCCGGGUGUUCUCCUCAUCACUCGACCGUGAAACAGUCAAUCAAUCAAUAUCCGGGUACAAUCAAUCAAUAUCCACCGAGCGACUGUCUUAUCGCGUCGCCGCGGAAUUAGAUUAAUAUCCUAGAUUUAGAGACUUUACAAAUAUUAUCCAACACCACGCUUCGUAUUGUGAAAGAAACUAUAUUAUAGAUGUGUAUAUAUAUAUAGCUAUAUACAUAAUAUAUUCCCCUCCUGUUUCGAUCGAGAUCUUCGGAAAAGAAGGAGGAAAGAGAGAGGAGGAAUGAAUGAACGAAUCUUGUCGAACGCCGAGCUUCUCGAUCGAACGACACCGACAUCGCCUCAUACCCACUCACUCCCCCUCCCCCGUCAUCCCUCUCAAAGGAUCGGAAUUCUGUGCGAUGGGGCUGUUCCUAGUACCUGAUUAUCCUAUCCUUGCGGCACGAGAGCGCAGUUCCGUCGAGCGAGCGCGAGCGCGGUUCGAAGAGAACAAUCUCUUUGCGUCGUGUUUUUUUCUUAGCUUUCUCCCUCGCGUUUUCCCUUCAUUCUCGCUCUACUUUCUCUCGCAAGCGCCAGUGGAUUCCUCUGUCCAGUGUUUGCACUCAGUAUAGAGUACACGUACACGGUGUUCUUUUUUUAUUGUUGCAUAUUACCUUGACUGCCUAGUACUUAAGAGUAAUCACUAGCGUCUCGCGGGAACAGGUCACGUGACACACGACGCGAUCCAUCAACUCCUCUCGCCUUUCGCGUGCGGUUCUAGGGAUGUUGGGCUACUAAUAUGAUACUGGUAUCGAUAUUUUUUCUUUGAUACCUCGUGUAUUUUUUGUCAAUAUUUUCUUCCGAUAUUCGUACUUAUAUCGGUUCCACUUCGUUUCAAUAUCUUUUCGAUAUCUUCUUUUUUAUUUGCGAGAAAUCGUGUGACAAAAAUUAUUGCAGUAUAUGUGAACAGAAACAAUGUACCCACAAAAUAACUCGUGAUCGAUUUAGCACACUUGUGAAAAUGUCCAGACGUUUUUCUUUUAUUUCAAUGCUCAAUAAAUAGCCGAAAAUUAAUGUAACAUGCAACUUUUAAAACUAUCUUAUGAUUUCUGUUACAUACAUUUUUUACAGUUAUUGAUUUACUGAAGUAAAAGGAAGAUGUCCGCAGACAUUUUUACAAGUCGAUGUGGAGUCGAUCAAGAGUGUCAUUUUGUGUGUAUAUUUUUUAUUCCCAUGUAUACUGUAAUAAUUUUUAAUAUACGAUUACUCGCGCUUCUGAUGUCAUCAAACAAGGACAAUAGCGAGGACACAGAAGCCUUAACACAUCUUUUUUAAGAUUUUUAGAUCACAAACCGUAAAAAGUUUAAUGCAGAAGGUAGAAGUAUCUUUGUAUCAUAGUGAGAUUAUUAUACGUGAACGUACAAAAUCUCCCUAAAAGUAGCUUUGCAAGACCUAAUAUUUCCCUGAUUUUUAUAUUCCCUUUAAUUUUAAGCUUUUUUUUUAAGUUUUGAUACCAGUAUCGAAUAUCGGCAUCGAUAUUCUGUUCUCACAUUGGUAUCACUAACUAUAUUGGUAUCAGCGUAAUGGCGUUGGGGCAAAAUUCUUAGAGAAGCCUGGAGCCAAAUAUUGAAGUUGAACUAUAUUGGUACUCUUGAUUCGACAUCCGUUUUCAACACUAGUAUCGAUACUUUCAUAGUGUCACAACAUCCUGCGGCUCGAUUCGGACAGAGAACAAAUCAGGCGAGCUGUGUCGUGUCGCGACCUCUUCUUGCUUUGUAGUAGUACGUCGCAUGUAAGUUUUUCGCACGGACAGAAAAAAAAACAAUGACUACAUUCUUCAUUCUUUCCUACGCAAGACGUCAAGGUGCAACGAAAGGGUGCUGCCGCGAUCUCGGAUGAGCGAAAGAGACUGUUGUUUCGUACAUACACCUGUUUGUAUAACUCGAAGCGUCGUGUGACGAAAGGAUCAGCCGUGCGCGCGAUGUUCUAGCACUUGAUUGUCCGCAAUUGUUCUCACCUCUAGGCCUAUUCUGUAACUUUUAACGACAGUGUCGUUAUCGUUACGUUGUCGUCGCACAGGUAUAAUACAUAAUAAAAAAGCUGCGUAACGACAUAUGCUAAUGACAUUGUCGUUAAGAAGUUACAGAAUAGAUCUACUAAUAGUGCGAUUCUAUGACCUGUUAAUUGUCAUUAAUGACAAUAUUACUAACACUGUGUGUCGUUGCGCAUCUUUUCUAGCACAUACUAUUCUGCGCAACGUUAACGACAGUUAACAGAAUCACACUGCUAGCUUGAAUUUAACGUUUACUCGGCGAAAAAAGCAUUCUUCUCCAGAUAGAUGGGUUCCAAGCAGAACAGAACAUCACGAUCACGUCAAAAUUAUGAGAAAAUGAUCAAAUUAUAAUUGAAGAAUAAGUCUUUUUAAUCAUUUUGACGUCGUCGUGAUUUUUUCUCCUAUCUGGGGUGUACCUAAAUUUGGCAGUAACUUUAGUUGAUGGGUAAAGGAUGCAUCUUCUUUGCAAGUGGUUGAUAUUUAUCACACCGAUGUGAUGUGUAACGUAACCUUUGUAUGUGAUGUAACAUAUUUAUCAAACACACGCAGAGUAACGAAAUAGAAAUAAGGAAAAUAUCAUAAUUUAAUCCAAACUCCACAGCUCAUUUUGAGUAAAUCACAAAAUUUAUUCAAAAUAAACAAUACGUUAUGCAAAGUGUACUACGAAAAUUGCUGAAUAACUUGGAGAGCAGCUUAUUGCUGCACAUCAAUAUAACAAAAAAAUUACAUAAUUUGAUAAUAUAUAAAUUUAAUGAUUAAUUCAACACUCACAAUACGUUUGUUUCAUAAGUGUAAUGAAAAAAAUUGUCAAGUAUCUAUCGUUUUAUAUGAUGAUAAUCGUGAAAGUCUAUCUGGGUUGCCAUUCUCAACGUUAAAUAUUUUUUUCGAUUCAAAUCAAAUCAAUCAAUUAAAGUACAUUUCAAUUAAGUAAAGAAUAUAAUGUCAAUUCGGAUACUCACACGAGUGUUUGUGUCCUUCGACUGACGGUCGUUUAAAAGAUUUUUCCAUUGGAUAUAAAUCAACGCAAAUUCGGCGUGGAGAGACGUCAAAUUCAUUAAAAUUUCGACUGGAUUCCUUGGAAUAUUCCGUGCGCGGCUAACUCGGUCGUCACAACCGUCUUGAACCCACAAUCGCAAUCGCACUGUAAAUCCAUCAUCUAAGGCUGACUGUACGCUCGAUACAUCCAUAUUUUAUAGCCACGGCAAUUUAUCAUCUCAUUAUGUGAAAUCGCAAUCUCUUUUCCGUACGCGAGCUCACACUAUUGUAAUCGAGUUGGACGGCUUUAUGUACUAUAAAACGUCACGUAAGCGCGUGCAAAUCGAUUCGAAUGACGUCGAGGAUCCAUCUGUAUUUCGAAGGGCAAACCGAAGGUUAUGACGGAGUAUUAAGGCUUCUGAGUACUCAUUGUGGAGCUCUGAAUUGAUAACGUCAGAAGUGAGAAAACUCAUGUCCAAAAACCUUGCAUGUUAUUUCCAAAUAGAGUUGUGUGUGAAAAUAUUAAAUUUUUCGCAAAACAAUUGAUUUGAACAAAUAUGUUUUAAUUCAACUAAUUAACGAUUAAUUCAAGCAAAAUCAAUUGAAGAAUAUUUGACAAUCAAUUUCGACGAAUUCAAUUAAAGACCGUUUAAUUGACGAUUUAUAUGAGCGAUGGGAAUCGUUCAAUUAACAAUUAAACUUAACACUUUAUUGCAGUUGAAGGCCGUUUAAUUGACGAUUGAAUUUGGCAAAUUUAAUUGAAAGUUGUUUAAUUGAUGAUUGAUACAAGUAAAUUUAACUGAUUCAAUCGAAGAACAUUUGAUUAUUCAAAAUGACAAUUGAGUAUGUGGAUAAUAUUCAUCAAAAUAUCGUGACAUCGUGGAAAAUACCGAUAAUUGAGUAGGACUUGCGUUGAAAAAAGCACUGAGCAUAUCAAUUGUCGUCAAACAAUCUUUGAUUAAAUCAAUUGAUUGACGAUUUUCCAUUGGAUUUGUUAAAAUCAAUUGUCAAUUAAGCGGCCUUCAAUUGUAUUGGUUCAUAUUAAUCGUCAAUUAAAUACAAUAAUUAAUUAAAAAAAUAAUUACUCGCAACUUUGUUUCUAGUUAAAAUAAAUAUUUGUGUGAAAGAACAUUUUUGAUCAUUUAAACAUAUUCUUAUCAAAUGCUCUUAUAAAACUACCUCUUUCCAUUGGCAGUCAACAAAUAACUGUAAAAUUAACUUAACCUACUUUACCUAACUUUCCUCUUUAAUUUACUUUUCCUCAUGAUUUUGCCCCACAUUUAUCUUAGAAUUGUUUAUUAACUCUAAAGAAAAAGGAUAGUUUUAGAAACACUUUACAAGUAUGCUCCAAGUAAUCCAAAGUAUCCUUUUAUAUAAAUACUUUUUACUUGGCAAUAGCACGCUAGAACUUUCGGCGUGUUAUUCCUCGCUUUUGACGUGACAAUCCAAUAUGACCACGGCGAGUAUCCGAUAGCUUUAAAAGAUCAUAGGCUUAAGAUUUGUUGAUGUAUUUACGGAGGGACAGUCUAUCGCUUCCUGCCGCUGAGCUUCUUCCGUUUUAAUUAAUCUGUCAGUCGCGUGCCACUAUAGACAAGCACGUGUCUAAUCGGAUGUUCCGUGUCGGAGACUGAAACCGGUAGAACUUUUCUGUUUGCCCUUUUAGAUUCUCCUUACUGUGCAUAAACGCGUGGAGAUGAUCCCCGUGAAGAGAAACAAUGACGUACGGUCACGUUUGUUGAAAAUAUACUUUGCCGUCGAUUCUCUCGAUAUAUCUCGUGUGUCUUACGAAAAAUAUUAGUUAUAUUAUUUAUAACUUGAAACCCGCCUUUUUUGCAAAAAUUAAACCUUUAUUUGAAAAACAAAUGAAAAAAAUACAUCAAUUAAAGUAUUUGCCAUCGUUAGAUAUGACUUUUUCCCAUCUUUCUGGUAAUAAGUGGAUCCCACGGCGAAAGAACGACUCAUCUUUAGAAGCUAUCCAGUUAGAGACCCAUUUUUCGACGCUUUCAUAAGAGUUGAAGUGUUUCUCUGCAAGUGCGUGUGCCAUCGAACGAAACAAAUGGUAGUCGGAAGGGGCACAGUCUGGUGAAUAAGCUACUUCCUAACGAAAUGCUUCCAAUGUUUCCUUGAGGGCCUUAGUGACGUGAGGUUGAUCGUUGUCAUGAAGCAAGAUCACUUUAUGCUGUCUUGUCUCAUAUUCUGGUCGUUUUUCGCGCAAUGCUCGGCUCAAAUGGAUUAUUUGUUGUUGGUAGAGAUCCCCUAUGUUUGAUCAUAUACUAAAUAUAGAGCAUGGCCUUCUUUCCAUGAAUAUUGCGUUUUGGCGUCGAUGUCGAUGGUUGGCCUGGAUUGCAAAUGAUUUUUCGGCAUUUGAGGUUAUCGAAAUAGAUCCACUUUUCAUCGCCAGUCACAAUUUGAUGUAAAAACCCCUUUCUUUUUUGCCUGGCAAGCAGCAUUUUGGAGAUGGUUUUUCGCCUUUCAUUGUUUUUUUUCUUUCAAUUCAUAUGGACUUCCUUAUAUACCUUUCUCAUGGCUUUUAAACAUUUGAAAAUGGCUGCUUGAGUAACAUUCAACAUUUCUGCAAGUUGAUUUUGUGUUUGACAUGGAUCUUCAUCAACCAAUGCUUGCAGUUCUGUAUCUUCGAAUUUUUUUGCUGGCUUGGACAUUCUUUAUCACGUCAAAAUCACCAAGUUUGAAUUGUCGAAACCAUUUCUUGCAAGUUGUUUCCGAGCAAGCUAUAAGCUUCAACAAGCAUUCGAUGAGAUUCAGCAGCAGUUUUCUUCAAAUUGAAACAGAAAAGCAAAGCUUCACGCAAAUGACGUUUAUUUGGUUGAAAUUCAGACAUUUUCUUCGCAAUAAAUAAUUAUGUUGUCACAAAUACAAACUUUUAUACACUGAAUAUUAUUGACAGAGGUCAAAACUAUAAAUGAUGCCUUGUUCAGCCAUUACAGUUGACGAUUGUCAAAGCUACAGCUAUUUAUUACUAGAGGGCGGGUUUCAAGUUAUAGACCUAAUAUAUAUUUUAAUUUAUCACACUCGCGUGCGCGUGUCUCGUAUGCAUAGAGAGUAACCGCAGCAGCGUCCGAAAUCAAUCUCACUGAAAGUGUACCGGUUUCAAUUCUCGCUUCGUAUCUGCGCUCAUUAUCUUGGUUCUCUGUGCGCUACGUGAUAUUUCAUUCGAAAUAAAUCUUGACGAGUACUCCGAG